CUCCUGUUUGUGACAAAUACAUUACGGACUAUUUCAUGGAUUUAUAAAUGCACUUCUUACAAGGAACGUUAACGGAUUGUAUUAAGAAGGUGGACGUUCACGCUACGGAGGAUUUGGAUUGUAAUAUUGUUUCCCUUAAACACAGAACUGGAUUGCCAUCUUAAUGCAACUUUUUUGGAAAGAGACUAAGGGCACCUUGUCGGAGUCUUCAAGUAAAUCUUGCUACGGGCACAUUCCAUUUUCGCCGGGAACGGUAGGUUUCUCGGUUUCUCACGGCUUUGCCGGGGAGAUGUUCCAGGGAUUCCCCGGAGACCCCGAUACCGGCUCCCGUGGAAGUUCGUCUCCUUCUGUUGAAUCUCAAUACCUGUCCUCCGUGGACUCCUUCGGGAGCCCGCCCACCACCAGUGCGCCACAAGAGUGUGCAUCUGCCGCUGGCGGUGUAGGGGCGGGCAGUGGGGCAGCCACCACUGGAGCAGGGGUGGAGAUGCCCGGUUCUUUUGUUCCCACGGUGACGGCCAUCACCACCAGUCAGGACCUGCAGUGGAUGGUGCAACCCACCCUCAUCUCCUCGGUGGCCCCUGGACAGAGUGGCACUGGCUCAGGCAGCAUGACGCAGUCAAUGUCCCUGGACCCGUACGAUCUUCCAGGGCCCAGCUUCUCCUCGGGCUCAGGCUUCACCCCUCCCAGCUCCGACACACCCGGUCCAGUGCGGCAGUCUCGGAGCCGCCGCCGCACACGCGAAGAAACGCUGACUCCAGAGGAGGAAGAGAAGAGGCGUGUCAGGAGAGAGAGAAAUAAACUGGCUGCAGCCAAGUGUCGAAACCGACGACGGGAGCUUACAGACAGACUGCAAUCGGAGACGGACAUGCUGGAAGAGGAGAAGGCCGAGCUGGAAGCGGAGAUCUCGGAGCUGCAGAAGGAGAAGGAACGCCUGGAGUUUGUGCUUAUCGCACACCAGCCCGGCUGCAAGAUACCGUACCAGGAGGAGGCGCCGCUGCAGCAGCAGGUGCCGGUGCCUUCUGUGGCUGUGGUGGGCUUGACUGUGAAGGAGGACACUUUCUACCUGCCUCCCACCUACUCAUCCCACCACCACCUUCCGGGCCCCUCCCAGCCAUCUCAGCCACAGCCGCCCCCCGGCCAGCAGCCGCAGCAGGGGAUGAUGCAGGAGGUAGCCUUUUCUAGUUCUUUCUUUGGGCAGAGCCAGCCGGCGCCGGGCGGCCCGUGCCUUGUCGCAGACGGCGGCGGUAACCCUGACGCCGGCAGCUACAACCCCUCAUACACAUCUUCAUUUGUGUUCACCUACCCAGAGGGAGCCUGUGGGACCACCGCUAACCAGCGAACCAGCAGCAGUGAGCAGUCCUCUGACUCCCUGAACUCGCCCUCACUUCUCGCACUCUAAGAGCCCCACCCCUUUCUGCCUGUUCCUGCCCUUUUCAGACACGCACGCACACACACACACACACACACACACACACACACACACACACACACACACACACAGGUUAACUGCUUGCAGUACACCUCCAGAUAGUCUCUCAGACAUGUAGACAGUGUAGAUUCAGCUCUGUUAAUACCUUUUUGUACUUUACUUUGAUCUUCAGACAUCAUAGAGCCAUAUUUAUUCAAGAAAUCUGUGGUGAAUUAAAGUUUUUGGAUUUCAAUAUUUGGAUUAUAAAACGUCAUAUACCUCAACAAAUCACAUGGUCUGCUUUAGUAUGUAAAAUCAAUUCUGAAUUAUAUAAAGUAUUUAAUUUUUAAUUAAUUCAACCAUAGUAUCAAAGUGAGUAUCAAAGUCAUCACUGCCAAGAGCCAGACACAUGGUUACACAUAAAAGACAUUUAAUAAUGCAAGCACUUAGUUACACUUGUUUCUCCUUUUCUCCCCGCACACCCCCUCCCGUGCUCCUGCUCACAGUGGUGUUCCAUCUCCUGUUUUUUCUCCAUGCCGCUCGUCCGCAGGGUUUAUUUGUCUAAACUGCUAAGGAGGCAAAAGAACUUUUGUGGCUUUCAUGUUUGGUUUUGUUUUUUUGGGCCAGAGUGCACUCCUCACACCCCCUGCUCUCCUCAUCCCUCAUCCUCCUCCUGCUUCUUCUUUGCCAUUAUGCUGGGACUAUGAAAACGAGGGACGUCGCUGCCCUCUGCCGCAGUCAGUCGAUCGAUCUGUCUCGAUCUAUCUCCCUUUUUCUUGUCUCCUUCGCUGUCCAUCUGCCCAUCUGUUUCUCCUCUCUUCUAUCUCUAUGUUCUUCUGGUUCUCUAUGAAGCCUUCAGCUCCUGAGAGCCCAUUGGACCCUGAAAGCCCAUGGAACCUUGACUGAUCCGCCGGAACCACCCCAGCACCACAGACACAACCCCCCUCCCCCAGCAUGGACCAGCCUGCUGCACUGCACAGAGGAACCGCAGAGUUUUUCUCAGAGCAGAUCUUUCGAAAAACAGCUUAAAAAACAGCUACAGCACACAGCUCAAAUGUCAGCAAAAUGGUAUCACAGACUAUGCUAGGCCAAAGGCACUGGAUUCCUUUUUAAUUCCUUAUCCCUGAGGAUUUGGUUGGAUUGAUAAGCAAAUGAAGGGGACAGACUGAUGUAGGGGAGGAGCCUGAAAUUAUAUCAGUCCCAGAGAGGAGGCCUUAGAGUUGGGCAUCGUACACGAUUGUGCCCUGUGACAUCCAGAUGCCUCUGAAACAAAGCAAAAAAGGGGGAAAAACCCAUGCAGUGGUAUUCUUCCCUGAGAUAAGCUUCACCUUGUAGUUCUCCACCUCAGAAUACACCCUGUCUAGUCCCCCAUGCCAUCUUUUGCCUGUAAUUUGUCUUUGUGUUUUUCAGAUAAUUUUUGUACAACAUUAUGCCACACCACCUUUACUCAAGACAGUUUUCUGUGGUUUUCAAGCUGUUUCUGAAAUAGUAUUAGCUUUGACCCAAAAGUGGCUUAACUGAAGGUUACACACAAAGGUGGCUCUUAUUGUGAGUGACACAUGUUUUGUCAGUCAGUAUUUGCUAGCUAGGUCUGAGGAACGUUGUAGUGAAAAAGCAACCUCUUAGCAUUUGGACUAGUGGCCUCUGUAUGUUCCCAUGGUCCUUUGCAGUCUGACUUUGUACUUCAGUAACAGAUCAGAGGGCAGCUGCAGGCUUUUAUUGUGAAAGGGCAUCACUGAAGCUGCUUCUCCAGUUUAUUUCUUUCUUUAAGGAGGUUGACAUGUUGAGAAAGCACAAAUAUGGGCCAAGUCAGAUGGAGGAAGAAAAACAGGAGUUUAUGAAUAUGAAAACUUAAUUUUCCUGUGAAUUUGUUAUUGUUUUUUUAUAUUUUGAGUUAAGGAUCUUUUUGUUGCGCUUUUCUCCUUUGCUCUUGACUGUGUUGCCAAAUGGAGGAACUUUGUGGAGCUGUUCACUGCUCCUCUGUUACUGUUGUCUUAUUGUAAUUAUUAAAAAUAUUGUUAUUAUUAUUUCAUUGUUAUCUUACAUUUGGCAACUAAAAAUACAUUGUGCACUAUGAACCUUUUUUUAUUUCAUAAAGUAUGCUAAAAUGCUCUAUAUUAUGUAUGCAUAUAUAUACAUAUUCUUU